AUGAAGAGAGUGACCUGGGGCCUUCUCCUCACACGGGCAGGCCUGCCUGCCUUGGAAACCAAUGACCUGGUGGAUAAAGACAGUCCCUUCUCUUUUGACUGGGAAAGACUGGAGCUGGGUGGGAUGAUUGUUGGAGGGCUCCUGUGCAUCGCUGGAAUUUUGAUAGCUCUAAGUAGAAGCUGCAAAUGCAAGUACAGUAAGAAGCACAGCCCCUUACCUGCGAGAGCCGCUCCACUCAUCACUCCAGACCCUGCCAGUAGCUGCUGA